CAUGAUGAUUUAACGGAUGACAUCAAUAUUAUGGAGAGGACCACAUCUAGCCUAAGCGCGACCGCAGCAGAGGUGGAGGUGGAUGACGGACUUUCAAAUGUACUCCAGGCAUCCGCUUUGAAGGGACACCACCGGCCUACAGAAGCAUCUGAUAGUCGCGAGUCAAAGGAAAUUGAAGAUUUACCGCAAAAUGCCAAACACUAUCAAAUAACGAUAUCAAACAAAAUCAAACACCUGUGCAAUCGGUCAACUUCAUCCUGCUCUGAUUCGAUCUUCGUGGAUGCUGUUUCAUCACCUCAGCCUCGAAGGUUCGCCUCAGAAAUCAACGCAGCCUACUAUUCUGAGGAAAAUAUUGGCAAUAGUAACUAUGAAGCAGCAAUACAAGAAAGCCCUGCGAUUUCCCGUAUUUUUCGGCAUGGAUCAUUAACACCUGAAGGGGGAGGACGCCGUCACCGCGGAGAAACGAUCGUUUCUAAUAAACUACAGAGUGAGAAUGUAUCAAGCAUCGAUCUACCGCGCAUCGAAGAUCAAUGUCUCUCCAACAGCUACUUGCUCAAUAAGUUACCAAUUGAAACGCCACCGGCACAAGAUAAUAUGGAACCCAAACGUAUACCUCUAUCCCACCGGAAGUCACAAAAAGUGUGUACAGGUAGCGGAACCGCAAUGAAUGGAACGGUACCACGUAGCACCGAAAACGGGAGACCUAUAGCAAGAUUGCCCACGAAAUCCAGCUUUUACGCAGGCACAAAGUUACCUGUUUUGACGGAUCGAAAGAUUGCUGCUAGCAGCCUUGGUAGCACGACACCGAACAAUAAGGUGCUACGUCCUUCGUUUGUACCAGAAAAACUAAACUUUAUUUCGUACGAAAAGUUUGAAGGACACAUGCUCAUCAACUGGCUUUCUUCUUCUCUCAGCUCGAAUAUAACGGGUAUCAAUGAACAGGAUUUGCAAGCCCUGCUGUUUCAGUAUUGCACAAACUUACUCGUCGCAGGAGUUAUGAAACAAAUUCCCGAUAAACAUGCUCCUCCGCAGGAUACAUUCCGGACAAAUCUUAUGUACCAAUGGACUCAUUCAGAGCCACCUACACCGGUUCCCGUGACACCCGGUAGGCUUGAACCACACGUCGUCUGGCCUCAUGUAACAUCACCAUCUUCUGCGAAAAUCGUUUGCCAUCAAUCAACCAGUACUAGCAGCGACACCUUUUCCACGAAAUCCAUCAACCAGGGAACAGCAGACCAAAAAGCAAUGAGCAAUACUGAACAUGAACGAAGCAAGGAAGGAAACUAUUUCAGACACUUACGAAAUCGCAUUGCUGAAUGCAAAACGAUUACUGAUUUGCAGCACAUAUUACACGAGUUAUCGAAUGAUCCCGCUUUUGUCAAUGCCUUAUGUACGAAUGAUCGCCAUCGAGUACAACAGGACAUACUCAAUGAAACAGAAUCCACUAUCUAUGAUAUACAAGAUCAUGAUUUUCUCAGUGAAACUGAAGUUACUAUCUACGAGCCAGUUACAAAACAAUCACGCAGCGAGGCAAAUGAGACUAGAUCAUCUAUUUUCGAUGCAUCAUGGAACAUUCCAAGCGAAGAAACAGAGCUGCGCUGGCCUAAUGAUUCUAAUUAUGUGCAAAAAAAUCUGCCUUCCGUUGACCCAUUAAAAGAGAGUGCUAUCUUGCGACUAUCUACUGUGGAAAAUGACGAUUUAUCUGAAACAAAAAAUCAAAUAUCGUCUCCAAAUAGCACGAACGAACAAAAUGAUAUUUAUACAAGCAGAAAUGCCAAUCCGAAAAGAGGUAUAGUAUAUAGUCGUCCUAUAAACAGAUGUGUAUGUUCCAACUGUGGUGAACCCAUAUCAACUGACGCUGAAAUCGUUCCAAUAAUUUUGAAAACACUAAACUACAAAGUUUGUACGAAGAAAGUGGAUGUAAAGCCGUUUCUAGUAACCAGAGAAACUCAAACCGAUGGAAACAGUGAUAAAAAUAUUCUGCCACCUUCAUUGCCAGCAGAAGCACCGCCAAUUCCUAUGCAAUGUAAUGCAUCAUUCAUAGAAUCCGGAACUCCUUUUCCUUCAACUCUCAUUCCUCCUCCUUCUUCUCCUGCUGCUGCUCCUCCUCCUCCUCCUCCUCCUCCUCCUCCUCCUCCUCCUCCUCCUCCUCCUCCUCCACCGCCGCCUCCGCAUCUGUUGAUUCCUCUAUCGGCAUUUCAUACUCCGGACUGCUCGGGCUCUGUUCCUGUCAUGCCGCCUCCACCACCACCUCCGCCACUACCAGCGUUAUCUUCUCUACCACCUCGUCCACCACCUUUGCCGAUGGGCGGUAAAGCACCACCAGGACCACCCCCACCUCCACCACUUCUAGCCGGGCUUCCAAAUGACCCACCAAUGUAUGGACCAGGUAAAUUAGCAUCGACUACCCCUUCGAUCUGCAGUGGCCCUCCGCCACUACCGCUUCCCAUACCAGUACCCGGAGGAUGGUAUGCGGCGAAUAUCGUACGCAAACAACCAGUUAAUCCGCCAAAACCCAUGAAACCACUAUAUUGGACGCGUAUUUUAGCGCCAAAGAGCGCAAGCCUUAAACCGACUCCGUCGAAUGAAAAAGUUGAUGGAAACAUUACAAACGUUUCUGCAUUGGAUGUCACAGUAUCUACUUCCACGUUACCUGAGCUACCUUAUCGAAUGGAAAGAAGUGAGACACAAGAAGGUUUGUGGCAAGUUCUAGAAGAAACGAGUCUAGAUAAUUUGGAUGAAUUUACGGAACUGUUUUCGCGACAAGUGAUAGCCCCGAAACUGCGCGAGAAGGUAGAAAAACCCGAAAAAACCGUCGCAUUACUCGACAGCAAGCGCUCACAAAAUGUUGGUAUAUUCGCGAAAAGCCUCCACGUAGAUUGGGACGAGAUCGAAUGCGCCAUUUAUCACUGCGAUACAUCCAUUGUUAGUCUAGAAGCGAUGCAAAAGAUUCUCGAGAUAAAAGCAACCGACGAGGAACUGAUGCUCAUACGUGAUCACGUUGAAAGUGUAGCUAACAAUAAUAAUGCGAUUCCACUCGACCAACCAGAACAGUUUCUAUUGCGUAUCUCUGGUAUAUCCUUUUUCUCUGAGCGCAUCUCAUGCAUCGUGUUCCAGGCGGAGUUCGAAGAACACUAUAAGUGCGUUUCACGCAAACUAAAAACAGUGAAACAAACCUGUGAAUUUCUCUUAGAAAGCGAGGAAUUGCGACAACUUUUCUCCAUCAUUCUGACGCUUGGAAACUUCAUGAACGGUGGCAACCGAACCCGUGGUCAAGCGGAUGGUUUUGGGUUAGAGAUACUAAGCAAACUGAAGGACGUCAAGUCGGCCGAUAAUAACACUACACUUUUGCAUUUCAUCAUCCGAACGUAUAUAAGCCAGAAAAGAACAAAUGGCACGAUUCUUCAGGACAUUAUGUUGCCUAUACCAGAUCCUAGCGAUUUGGAUAAGGCUGCUAUAGUUGACUACGAUGACUGCCGUUCGCAACUCAUUAUGUUACGUUCAAAAACGGAAGAGUGCCGCAGGACGGCAGACAAAGUGAUAAAUGAGUCCACGGAAGAUUAUCUGCAGCCGUUUAAAAUGAUCAUGGAUGAGUUUUUAGAAAAAGCAACGGCCCGUGUCGAAAAACAGUUUUUUAAGAUGGAAGAAUGUCGGGAAUGGUUCGUCCGUACAAUGCGCUUUUAUCAUUUUGCGCCUAAAUCAGGAACACUGGAAGAAAGUAAACCGGAAGCAUUCUUCGAACUGUGGGUACCGUUUGCUCAAGAUUUUCGCACCAUCUUCAAAAAAGAAAUUCAAUAUCAUUUAAAUGAAUUGUUGAAGAAGAGUAAACGAACGUCUUUAAAUACGGCUUCAUCCACUGCAGCGAAACACACAGGAAAGGCAAAAACGGGUUCCCUAAAGGAACGUAUGAGACGACUAAUGCAGAACUAAACUCCAAGGAUGGCUCAUCGGAGAGUGUUCUGUCAAGUGCUGCUAACCUCAUAAAAACUGCACUAUAUAAACAUAUUGACAAUAAUUGUCUUGGAUUUGAUUUGAAUCGGUUAAUAAAAUGGAAUCAUGACCGGCAACUAAUGCCUAUGCUAAUUAUGAAAUCAUUUAACUGUACCAUUUGCAUACCAAAAAAGUAUCAUCUCACUGUGGUCACAUGAAUUUCUGAACAAAAAUAAUUUUGAAUAACCUUUUUUAAGCAUAUAUAAGGACGGACCGUAUGUUUAUUAACAACUAACAAAAAAAUGGAGCAGGACAUUUCCUUCCAAUCCUCGAUAAAUCCUUUCGCGGCUCUACCUCCUCUGUUGAGGCUCCGCUUCCAAUGUUGGUAGAGGCAGCUUUAUGAUGGUAGUCCAUAGCUGGGGUUGGAGGGUCACAAUGGUAGGAAUAGUGGUUAUCGAAUAACCUUUUUGAAAUAUUAAUAUAUACAGUAUGAAAAAAAGUUUAGCCACCCCUGCAAGAAGUUUACAUUUUCGCUAUUUUCUCCUGUGUCUAUCUGUGUCAAAAAAUUAAAAAUCGCAUAUCAAUAGAUUAGUUUUUUAUUCUUCUUCAUUUUGCUUUUUACUUUUUGAAAAAUAACUCACUAGAAAAAAAGAUAUCAAAAAAAUAAUCGAGUAAGGUACGAAAAACACGCAAAAAAAGUUUAUCCACCCCAUACAAAACAAUGUAUGGAAUUGUAUAGUAUCGAAUGGCUUUCUCUUCAAAAUAAU